AUGGGUUCAACAGACACCCAGAUGGCCAUCACGCCAGACUUUCGAUACAUUCCGCUAUCAUACAGCCAUGCCGACUCGCAGGCCUCCGCCCUGAGGCUGAUCUUGACCCUGAAUCCCCACUGGGAGGGUCCCGGAAACAACAUCCAGUUUGUGCGGUUCACUGACGGCAUCACCAACACCCUCUUGAAAAUCAUCAAUCUGAAGCCCGGCCUGACAGAGGAACAAAUAGACAACGAGGCGGUAUUGAUGAGGGCGUACGGAAAUGGCACAGAGAUCCUCAUAGACCGUGAAAGAGAAACAAGGUCCCACGCUCUCUUAGCCGCUCGCGGCCUGGCCCCGCCCCUCCUCGCCCGCUUCAAAAACGGCCUGCUGUAUCGCUUUAUCCGCGGAAAGCCCUGCGGCCACUUGGACUUAGUCUCCCCACCUAUCUGGCGCGGUGUCGCUCGCCGCCUAGCGCAGUGGCAUGCCGCUCUGCCUAGUAGUGGAACUGUGGCUGUCAAGGAUGACUCCGUUACUGAGAUCGCGGACGUGGACGCUGAUAUCACGGUAAUUCAGCCCCGUCGUGCGGGUCCGUCUAUUUGGGCUGUUCUGCAGAAGUGGGUGCUUGCUCUGCCAGUAGCCACGCCUGAGCAGCGCGCCCGCCGUUUAAGCUUGCAAGCGGAGCUGCAGUGGGUUGUGGAUCUGCUGGAUGAUGGAAAGGGAAUUGGCGAGGAUGGGCUUGUCUUCUCACACUGCGAUCUCCUUUGCGCGAACGUCAUCGUCCUCCCGAGCGAGAGCAGCACCCCGGUUCCCGAAGACGGCAUCGCGCCCGUCAACUUCAUUGAUUAUGAAUACGCCGUUCCUGCGCCCGCCGCUUUCGAUAUUUCAAACCACCUUGCUGAGUGGGGUGGCUAUGACUGCGACUACACCAUGAUGCCCACAAAGUCUGUGCGCCGCUCGUUCCUGACCGAGUACACCAAGAGCUACUGCGAGAAGCGCGGUCUGGACGCCUCAUCCCAGGCAGAGAUUGUCGACCGUCUGUGCGAGGAUGUGGACCGUUUCCGCGGCAUUCCCGGCCUUUACUGGGGUGUGUGGGCACUCAUCCAAGCCCAGAUCUCUCAGAUCGACUUCGACUACGCCAGCUACGCCGAGACCCGUCUUGGCGAGUACUACGCCUGGAAGCGGGAGGUCGACGGCAGCCGUAAGCAAGCCGGCGAGGAAAUGCCGUUGCGCGAGUCGCGCUGGGCACAAGACGCGUAA